GUCUAUGCUUAAUGAUAAAAUUCAAAAUGUGUGCCGUACAAAUUUUAUAUUGAUGAAAAUGGCAAGUAAUUCUGUAGGACGUAGAUCAUCUACUAACCCUGUACGGAUAUCUUUGAUCGAUAGGGAAGACAAAAGCUUAACACGGACUGAUUCAAGAAGAACGCAAACGUUGAUACCAAAGAUUUCUAUAACUUCAGUUGAUAAUUGUCAUAUACCCAGACCGCGAGGUCCGAGUAUAAAAGGAACAGGGUGUAGGUCUUUAUCAGCUGAUCAUGCUAGCAGUACUGUUCCAAAAGGUCCAAGAAAGGACUCAAGACCAUUAACAGGUAAAACUCCACUUCGUCAUGCUCCUACAACUCCAAUUACACCUAGAGGACUUCCAACAGGACGAAGAUCUUUAUCAGCUGAUCGUGCUAGCAGUAUUGGUGCAAAAGGUCCAAGAAAGGAUCGAAGACCAUUAACAGAUAAACCUUACCAAGCUCGUAUGCUUGCCAGAAUAGACAAUUUUUUUGCUCUAAAUCAUUAUUCCUCUAUGCUUAAUAGUAAUGGUAGCUUGAAACCCAUUACCUUGAAAAUGUUUGUAGAAGUUACUGCUCAUUUAAUGAAAAUAUUAAAUGUUAAACAAACCCUUACAGUUAUCAAUUAUCUAGAGGAAUUGCCAAAAAUAGGAAAGAAACUUCAUUAUCCAGGCAUUAUUAAUAAAUCUUGGUUAAGAACUGCGAAUGCUAUGCAUUCUUGGCCUUAUGUUUUGGGCUGGAUCAGCUGGUUAGUAGAAAUUUGUGAAGUAAUGGAAAUAGCUUCUCAAAAAUUUAACUUAGAAAACUUAUCAUUCACGGGCGAUCAGAGAGAAGCCAAAAUUAAUAAAAAUACUUUCUUCUCUAUGCUUGAUUUUUACAAUGCCUGGAAUGAAGAAAAACUCGAUGAAGAAGCAGCGAUGGUUGAAAGAUAUUUACAACAGUUUGAAGAGGAGCAAGGAGUUACCGAACAAAUGUUAAAUAAUGCAUGCUCCGAAUUAGAUGAAGAAAUGGAUAAAUUCCAAGUAGCUGAAGAAGAUGCAAAUAAAAUUGAUGAAGAGGUGAAGCACCUGCAAGAAGUAUUGUCGUCUUUGCAAAAGGAGGAAUCAAAACAAUUAAAUGAAAUUGGUGCAAAAGAAGAAUCCUUAAAAACAAUUAAUUCUGAAACAGAACAAAUAAAUGCUGAGUGUGAUGCAUUACGCGAACAGAUUCGUUUACAAAAAAUACAGCGUGAUGAACUACUUUCAACUGUUAAACAACAGCCAAUGACAGCAGUGGAAAGAGAUAAAAUUUUGGAAAAAUGUUUGGAGAUUGAAAGAUAUACGAACCUAUUUGACGAACAUUUAGAAGAUAUACGAAAGGAGUUGUAUACUACAGAUAUUAAAUUGGCAUCUGUUAACAAUAAUGUAACCAAAGCAAUUCUCAAAUAUAAUAAAGAAAUAAUAUUUAUGCACCUUAGUGACAAUAUAGGUGUACAUUUAGAAGAAUUAAAGAUGCCAGAAAAAGGUAUAUUGGAUCCUCAAAUUAUGGAAGUAUUAAGAUCUAAAGCCAGUUCAUUGAAUAAUCUUAAAGAACUACUAAAAAGACGAAUUACUGAGAAAGAACGUUCGUUAGAAGUAAGUUUCAAUGAAUUGGAAAAUCUUAAGGAAAAAAUGAAAAUCUUGGAAGAAGAAAGUAGUGAUGUUGCUAACAGAAUUAAGGAAAAAAAAGAUCUUAUAACUAAAAUUAAAGCUGAUGCUAAAAAUGAAGAAGCAAAAUUAAAAAAACAAAUAAAAAAUUUGCAAAAUGAUAUUAAAAAAAUACAAGAGUUGAAGCCAGAUAUAGAAAAAGUUUCUGCAGAAUUAAAAGAAUCAACAGACAAGCUAGAUGCAGUUCAGAGAAGAAAAGAAUAUAUAGAGGAGUCUGCAAAAUUAUUUUUUGAUAGAUUUUAUAAGAUUUUAGAGGAAAACAGAAGCGAACUUCACAAUAUAUUAGCGGAACGUAAUAAAUAAUUUACAUACAAAUGUUUUAAAAAUAUCAUUUUUAUAUACAAUAUACUUUACAUGUACAAGUUAAA